UGUGUCAAUAGGUAACUCAUUCCCCUACUGAUCAGCGCUGACCACACUGGAGGCAGCAGUGACUGAGAGUUACAGCAGAUACAGCACCAGACAGGGCUCAUGAAGUAACGGUAUCGGAUGGUGUAACUCAUCAUUAGAUCAUUGCUGACAUGCAUCCGAAUGCGCCUCCCUUUUAUGACAAUAAUGGAUACCAACCAGAAUACAACAUCUAUGAAAAUCCUCCUCAAUACAAUGUCUACCAUCAACCAUACCCUAUCCCCCCACCAUACGUCUCUCCAGUGCCACAGUACUUGCCUCAAGUGGCUCCUCAUCAGUCUGUGGAAGCAAAUCAACUAGCAAACUCAAAAACAUGGCUCUCAGCAAGAAGGAAAAAAAUGAUCUGUGCAGUCACCACAAUCGUCAUCCUGGCAGUGGCCAUCAUCAUCGUCGCAGUUCUCUGCUGGUAUUUUUUAUCUACAAGGUGUGAAAGGAAAUGUGGCACCUCAUCAAGUUGUGUCAAAGCUUCUCAGUGGUGUGAUGGCACAGAGGACUGCCCCAAUGGAGAAGAUGAGGCAUAUUGUGUGCGGCUGUAUGGCUCAAAUUUUAUUUUACAAGCCUAUGACCCAGCAAAGUCCUCAUGGCUGAGUGUGUGCUUCGAUGACUGGAUUUCCCGCUAUGGACCCAUGGUCUGCCAAUCUAUGGGCUACAAGAGAUCCAGUUAUUAUAGGGAUUCUUUGGAAUCUGUCACAACGGACUUAAAAGAUUUUGCCAGUAUAAACACCGAUGUGCCAUUUGGCAAAUUAUAUAGAAGCAUCAGAACAAGGGAUUAUUGUCCAUCUAGAAAGGUGAUCUCACUGAGGUGCAUAGAUUGCGGUCAGUCAACCAAGCAGGCGCCAUCUAGCCGGAUAGUAGGUGGAACCGUGGCUAGAAGUGGAGAUUGGCCGUGGCAAGUGAGUCUGCAGAUCAAGCAAUCGCAUGUCUGUGGGGGAUCAAUUAUCACUCCUGAAUGGAUACUGACGGCAGCACAUUGUGUCGAGGGGUCUAACUCUUACGCCUUUCUAUGGACGGUCUAUGCCGGAUCCAUCCAAAAAUCUGGUGGUCAGAUCUAUAAUGUGGAGAGAAUUAUUUCUCACGCCAAUUAUGACAGUGAAACGAAGGAUAAUGACAUCGCCCUCAUGAAGCUAAAGACCAGUUUAUCAUUUACUGGAAGUAACAUAAAGCCGGUAUGUUUGCCCAAUGCUGGAAUGCCAUGGACGGACACACAGUCCUGCUGGAUCUCAGGAUGGGGUUACACAAAUCAAGGAGGAUCAACAUCGAGCGUGCUGAUGGCGGCAAACGUUCCUUUAAUCAGCUCUAAAACUUGUAACUCUCCUUCCGUUUACAAUGGUCUCAUCACUUCCACCAUGAUAUGCGCCGGAUUCCUCUCUGGAGGCGUUGAUACCUGUCAGGGUGACAGUGGUGGCCCUCUAGUCACAAAGACGAACGAUUUGUGGUGGCUUGUCGGGGACACGAGCUGGGGAAUAGGAUGUGCCAAUCGUAAUAAACCUGGAGUCUAUGGGAACGUUACAGUGUUCUUGGACUGGAUCUACCAUCAGAUGCAGACUUACACAUGAUGGCGCAGUGCGAUGCAACAAGGACUUCCUGAUAGUAUCUACUUUUAUACUAAAUGAUGCAAUCAGUGGUGACGCUUAUCACAUAGCUCAUACGGGUAUUAGAGCACGCACACCCUGAUCACGGACUGCUACCAGAAGAUGUUACUGUAUGAAGCGUCAGCUCCAUCUAGUGGUCACUGUUAUAUGGUUUCUUCAACCUCUUGUAAAUAGCUGCACAGUACUAUAACCCUCAAUGUUUUCACUCCAUGUGCCAUUGGCAAGUUGUAGUGAAUAUGAAUGGAUCGGAAAUUCUAAUGGUGCACUGACUUUAUGUACAAUCAGGGGAUGUGUCAAUUAUUAUUUUUUUUAUUGUGUAAUGAAAAGGUAAGAUUUGGUUGUGUGCAAAUCAAAGUAAGGUAACUGGAAUACUACGGCGAAGUUGUCUCAAAGUUUUCAAAGUAAUUGCAAGGUUGCUUCCCUGAAGGAGACAUUGAGACAUUUGUGAAAAGUAGAAAAAAAUGGAGUUUUCUGUUUAAGCGUUUCAAUGAAAAGGGUAUGUACAUAUUUGCAAACAUGUGUAUUGCUCUAAUCUAAAAAAUAUUUGCUUAAAAAUUUCCAACAGUUUUGUGUAUACUGGUCCUCUGAAGACCUCCAUAGAUAUAAACUGGAAAUGUUAUGAUUCUGCACUCAUGUUAAAGCGUACCUGAGUUGUUUUUUUUAAGUUUGCAUAAUGGCUGUGCUUCUUUGUACAAUCAUAACUGUGAAGGAACAGUAAGGGUUUGGGCUUCCCUAAAGUGUCUUUCAGCCAUAGCACAGCUAGAUGCAUUUCUCUCAGAAGCAGGGGGUCUCUCGCUUCUGUCAGUACUGUAUACAGUGACCUCGCUUCUCUUACUUCCUGAUGUGUUUGUUGUAUUCUUGGGAGCUCAGAAAGCUGUUAAGGAGGGAUAAAUCACACUUAUAGAAAAGCAGGAGGCUCCUGUGAUGUUCAGAAGUUGUGUAGAAGCAGCACAAUCUCAGCUACCUCUGCCACUCUGCCAAUUGACGUCUUCUGAGUCUCUCUUACUGGGGACGGACCUUGUCCGAGAAAAGGGUAGUGGACUGCAAGUUAGCCGAAAGUGGCCAUGACUUUACAGCUUUUUUCAGGUGGAUGAAGGCAUAUUUUUUUUAAAUAAAGUGAUUUUGAAACUUGCUAGUUA